GGCAAGACUCACGCCAUGUGAACCCUCCCGGUCUCCCCGCUCUGCGGAUUGGCGUGGGCUGGAAAUUAUUAAAAAAAAUAAUAAAUUAUAAUUAUAAUUAUAAUAAAUAUAAAUUAAAUAAUACUAUAAAUAUAAGAUCGUAGGGUUUAGAGGAAGGCGUGCUUUGCGCUUCUCUCGCGGACAGUGUUAGAGAGAGAGAGAGAGAGAGAAUAACAGUAACUCGUCUUCUCUUUUUUUGUGUGAGUCGUUAAUGGCGGUUUGGUCGGCGGCGAGGAGGUUGAAGACAGUAAAUCGAAACUGAAGGCAUUAACUGGCUUGGAAUUGAAGGCGGAGCGUUACUUCUGAAGGGCAAUUUCCUUUUUCUUCGCUGGUUCUUCGUUAAUAUCGCCGUCGUUGGUCCUAGAAACUUUUCUGGGUGUUUAAAGGCAAAAGGCAAGAGGGGGGUUGUCGCUGGGUUUUCUGUUUACUGUUGAGGAAAUCUAAGGGAGGGUUGUAGGGAUGGAGUGGCCUGCGUGUUUGGACGAAUAUGAAAAGCUUGUUAUCCGGAUGAACACUCCAAGGGUCGUCAUUGACAAUGCCGUUUGCUCCUCUGCCACUCUUGUCAAGGUCGACAGUGCCAGAAAACAUGGAAUCCUUCUGGAGGCUGUGCAGGUUCUAACAGAUCUGGAUCUCUCCAUAAAGAAAGCUUACAUUUCUUCCGACGGACGAUGGUUCAUGGACGUUUUCCAUGUGACUGAUCAAAACGGAAAUAAACUAACGGAUGAAAGCGUUAUCAGCUAUAUUGAGCAGUCUCUGGGUAGCAUUCACUAUGUGAGAUCGACUGGUUUUAAUGGGGUGACUGCGUUGGAGCUAACUGGAACGGACCGCCUCGGCCUUAUGUCGGAGGUAUUUGCAGUACUGGCGGAUCUGCAAUGUAAUGUGGUUGAGGCCAAGGUGUGGACUCACAAUGGCCGAAUUGCUUCUCUCAUUUAUGUCAAGGAUUGCGAUUCGGGUUCCCCAAUUGAGGACUCCCAGAAGAUUGACAGAAUCGAAGGGAGGCUGAGGAGUGUUCUUAAGGGGGAUAAUGACAUCCGAAGCGCGAAGACCUCAGUUUCCAUGACAGUCACCCACACCGAGAGGAGACUACAUCAGAUGAUGUUUGCUGAUCGGGAUUAUGAGCGGAAACCCAUUAUUCGAACCAACAGUGAUUCUCCAGCGGUGACUGUUCAGAACUGGAUUGAGCGAGGUUACUCUGUGGUGAAUGUGCAGUGCAAGGAUCGAAGAAAGCUUUUGUUUGAUGUUGUUUCCAAUUUGACUGAUAUGCAAUAUGUUGUUUUUCAUGCUACCAUCAACACAGCAGGAAACCAAGCUUACCUGGAAUUCUAUGUGAGGCACACCGAUGGAACCCCCAUCAGCUUGGAAGCGGAGAGGCAGAGAGUAAUUCAGUGCCUGCAAGCAGCCAUUGAGAGAAGAGCAUCUGAGGGUGUCAGACUAGAGCUGUGCAUGGCUGAUCGGCAGGGUCUAUUAGCCGACGUGACCCGAACAUUUCGGGAGAAUGGUCUGAACGUGACGAGGGCAGAGAUCUCUACUGCGGAGGACUCCGCGCAUAACAUGUUUUAUGUGACGGAUGCCAUUGGGAAUGCCGCAGAUCCAAAGAUCAUAGAAGCAGUGCGACAGAGAAUUGGAAUGGGUAACCUAAAAGUGAAGGAAUUACCCCGAAUCUACCAUGAGAAGGGGGAAGAGGAGGAGCCAGCACUUGGGGUAGGUGGGGCCGUGCUGUUUUCUCUUGGUAGCCUAGUGAGGAAGAAUCUAUACAACUUGGGGUUGAUCAGAUCAUAUUCUUAGAGGAACACACAGGCAAUUUGUAGGACUUGUGUCCCCUCUUGGGGGCAUAUACCUUGCUUCAGGGCUGGGCUUCCUGUACAUAAGAAGGGGAAAAAAAAAAUAGAGAAGAAAGGUGAAAAUUCUAUAUAUUUAUAUAUAUGCUAAAAGAAGGGUUGGUGAAUAGUGGUUGUUAUAUAGUUGGGUUUGGGUGGUUGAGUAGAUGAUAGACAUAGAUAGAGGAGAUGGGAGAUGGGGUCCUCCUUACCAUUUCAAUUGUUUGGUUAUGGAAGAAAAUUUGGACUGGGCAGAAGAGGGAAAAGGAAUUGAAGGGAUGGUGGGUGGAGAGGGGUCGUAUGGUACAGUAUGUUUCUUGCUGGCACAGAGGAGAGGAAGAAGACUUAGGUAGAGAGAGAAAAAAAUGUAUUGUUCUGUUCUACACAGCACAUUUUCUUUUCUUUGUACAUAACAUGUUAAGGGAUUAGUUCUAAUGGUUGACUUCAUUUUCUAUUGCCAA